UCGAUUAAAGGAUGACAUUAUGCGAGAAGCUGACCGUUAUCAAGGUGCAAUAAUGGUUAUUCACGAAACUGAUGAUGGUCAAAUAUUUGAUGCUUGGGAACAUGUGAGCUCUGAUGCAGUUCAAACUCCUGUGGAGGUCUUUAAGUGCUUGGAAGCUGAUGGUUUUCCUAUAAAGUAUGCCCGUGUUCCAAUCACUGAUGGCAAAGCUCCCAAAAGUUCUGACUUCGAUUUAUUGACUUUUAAUAUAGCAUCUGCUUCCAAAGAUACUGCUUUUGUCUUUAAUUGCCAGAUGGGCAUAGGGAGGACUACUACUGGAACUGUAAUUGCAUGCCUUUUGAAAUCACGUAUUGAUCAUGGGAGACCCAUUAGAGUAUUAAAUGAUGCAUCAAAUCCAGAUGUAGGUGGUGAUAUGUCAAGUGGUGAUGAAAGUGAAGGCGAAAACCAUCCACCUGCACUAUUAGUAUCAAAAAAUAGACCUCAAAUAGAUUCAAGUGACACAUUUGGGAUAAAUGACAUCCUGUUGCUCUGGAAAAUAACAAGAUUGUUUGAUAAUGGGGUGGAAUGCCGAGAGGCCUUAGAUGCUAUUAUUGAUCGAUGUUCAGCUCUGCAGAACAUACGCCAAGCGGUCUUGCAAUACAGAAAGUUGUGUAAUCAGCAGCAUAUUGAGCCUAGAGAAAGAAGAGUAGCACUAAAUCGUGGGGCUGAGUACUUGGAACGAUAUUUUCGUUUGAUCGCUUUUGCUGCAUAUCUUGGCAGCGAAGCAUUUGAUGGAUUUUGUGGACAAGGAGAAUCGAGGAUGACUUUCAAAGAUUGGCUGCACCAGAGGCCAGAGGUUCAAGCAAUGAAGUGGUCAAUUAGAUUAAGGCCUGGGAGAUUCUUUACCAUCCCUGAGGAACUAAGAGCUCCACAUGAGUCACAACAUGGGGAUGCUGUUAUGGAAGCUAUUGUGAAAGAUCGGAAUGGCUCUGUUCUUGGGAAAGGGUCUAUUCUCAAGAUGUACUUCUUUCCUGGCCAAAGAAUUUCCAGUCACAUACAAAUUCAUGGUGCUCCUCAUGUUUACAAGGUAUGUUAAAUUUCCAUUAUUUUCAUGAUGC